AUGCGACUAAACCAACGACAAUCCCAAAUCAAUCCUUAUGAUGAAUCAGGCAUAAUUUUGAAAGAAGUCACAGGUCAUAUUGAAUUUCAAGAUGUUCAUUUCCGGUAUCCCACUCGGCCGACAAUUCCUGUUCUCAUGAAUCUCUCAUUGAAAUGUGUAACUCGUGGCAUAACAGCACUUGUUGGUCCAUCAGGCAGUGGAAAAUCAACAGCGAUUGCAUUAUUCGAAAGAUUCUAUGAACCAUCAAAAGGAAAUAUUUUACUCGAUGGACAUAAUAUAAAACUACUUAAUAUUCGAUGGCUUCGAUCGAUAAUAGGUUUUGUUCAACAAGAACCAGUUCUUUUUAAUAUUUCUAUUCGUGAUAAUAUUGCUUACGGCGAUAAUCGUCGAGAAGUAACACAAGAUGAAAUUGAAACAGCUGCACGAAUGGCAAAUAUUCACGAAUUUAUACGUUCAUUACCUAAAGGUUACGAAACAUUAUGUGGAAUGAAAGGUAGUCAAUUAUCCGGUGGACAAAAACAACGAAUUGCCAUGGCUCGAGCAUUAAUUCGUUCACCAAAAAUUUUACUUCUUGAUGAAGCAACAUCAGCAUUAGAUAAUGAAAGUGAAAAAGUUGUUCAAGCAGCAUUAGAUAAAGAGAGAUUUAGUCGAACAUGUUUAAAUAUUACUCAUCGUCUUUCUACAAUUCAAAAUUCAGAAAAGAUUGCCGUUGUUGAUCGAGGCAAAGUAAAAGAAGAGGGUACACAUAAUGAGCUUCUGAGAUUAAAUGGUCUUUAUACGAAAUUAAUUGCAGCACAACAACGCUCAACUUAG